GCCAGCCUACGAGCCCGUCUCGCUGGCAGGCGUGAGCAACAUCGGAUUGCCGUCUGUGCCUCCCGUCGGAGUCGAUGCUGGUGUCCAGGGCACGAUGGCAUCGGCUUCCAGGAGUGCCGAGGCCAUGUGCACCCUGGAUGAGCCCGUGACGGAGACGAUCAUGCGAGACCUGAGGUCGAUCGGGAUGAAGCUGAAGUACGUGAUGCUGCCGCGCUCCCGUUCCGAUAAGGGCGCCGGCCUCAAGCAGUGGGACCUGUGGGGCCCCCUCAUACUGUGCCUGGCGCUGGGCAUCCUGCUGUCCUGGCAGGAGCAGAAGGACCAGGGUGGCCUGGCGUUCGCGCUCGUCUUCAUCAUCGUGUGGGUGGGCUCUGGUGUUGUCACGCUGAACGCCCUCUUGCUCCGAGGGCAGAUCUCCUUCUUCCAGUCGGUGUGCGUCCUGGGAUACUGCAUCUUCCCGCUGGUCAUCGCGGCAUUCCUGUCCUUCCUGCUGAAGGUCAUUUGGCUGAAGGUGAUCUUCGUCUGCGUGGGAUUCACGUGGUCCACAGGGGCGUCGGUGGGCUUCAUGUCCGAGCUGGUCCCCGAGGACAGGAAGGCACUCGGCGUGUAUCCGGUGUGGCUCUUCUACGUGUCCAUAGCCUGGAUGAUCCUCAUCGCCUGA